AUGUCUGUCUACUCAGAAUCCUCCUCAAACUCUGCCCCCGGCGACGUCUCGCCCACGUCCUUCUCUGGCAAUGCCACUCCCUUGACUGCCCCUUCCGUGGCUGCCGACUUCACGUCGCAGCUUGAGGGCCAGCUUCCUCCCCCCAAGGGCGAUGAGUACAUCCUGGUGAUUGGCGGUCUCGGCUUCAUUGGCUCGCACACCACGCUCGAGCUCCUCAAGGAGGGCUACAACGUCAUCAUUGUCGACAACCUCAGCAACGCCUUUGAGUCGGUCUACAGCAAGAUCCAGACCGCCGCUGCCGCCUACUACAAGGGCUCCAGCUUCCGCCAGCCCUCGCUCUACCUCCACACAUUUGACUACCAGAGCAAGUCGAUGCGCUGCCUGCUCGAGAUGUACUCUGCCCCCGUCCCCGUCGCCUCUACCGACUCCAACAACAACUCUGCACACGCCACCUUCACCCGCAAGUCGCAAAUCUCGGGCGUCAUCCACUUUGCCGCCUACAAGUCGGUUCCCCAGUCCAUUGCUCGCCCUAUCCAGUACUACCAGAACAACGUCUGCGGUCUUGUUGACCUGAUGGAGCUCCUCGGCGAAUACAACAUCCGCCGCUUCGUCUUCUCUUCCUCCGCUACCGUCUACGGCUCCAAGGCCGAUGCUGGCAAGCUUCUCCGCGAGGAGGACCUUGUCCACCACGCCGAGGUCUACACUGAUGAGCAGGGCAACGCUGUCCACGCCGAGCCCGUUGUCAGCGGUCUUGGCUGCCCCUACGCUCGCACCAAGUACUUUUGCGAGGCCAUCUUGGCUGAUAUUGCCGUUGCUGACCCCGAGUGGCGCAUUGUUUGCCUGCGCUACUUCAACCCCAUUGGCUGCGAUUCCUCUGGCCAGCUCGGUGAGGACCCCAAGGGCAUCCCUACCAACCUGUUCCCCGUCAUCACACAGGUCAUGACUGGCCGCCGCAAGGAGCUCAGCGUCUUUGGCAGCGACUGGGACACCCGAGAUGGUACCCCCAUCCGUGACUACGUCCACGUCUCGGAUGUUGCCCGUGGCCACACUGCCGCCCUCAACUGCAAGAACCUUUCUCCCUUCCGCACAUACAACCUUGGUUCUGGCACUGGCACCACCGUCAUUGAGGCCGUCAAGGCCCUCGAGGCUGCUUCCAACAAGUCCAUCCCCAUGGCUCUUGUAGGCCGCCGCGAAGGCGAUGUUGGCUUCUGCGUUGCCUCCAAGUCUCGCGCUGCCGACGAGCUUGGCUGGACCGCCAAGGAGAGCAUCAACACCUGCGCCGAGGAUCUCUGGCGCUACGUCUCCAAGCACACCGAAACCGCAUAA